CUGUAAGCAUCCUUCCUCUGUGCAGCAGACGCCUGAAACCAGGCCCUCUUCUGGCUUUCCUUGCCCUUCUUCCCUUUUCUUCUUGUAUCAGAGGGGUGUAUGGAGGCAGGUGGGAGCGUUGCUUUAGGAGGACAGUGAAUGCUGUGGAGUAGAGGGGGACGAGAAGGUGAGAGUGGCUCUGGGAGAAGACAGCAGCAGGCAGCGAGCAGCUUCCCUCCACAGCUUGGGGGUGCUCCAUGUUCAGUCCGUGCUCAAUUGACCAUCCAAGCUUGUGUCUCCUUGCAGGAAUGGAUAACCAGACAGUGCUGGCUGUGCAGUCCUUGCUGGAUGGUCAAGGAGGUGUGACAGAUCCAUCUGCUCAAAAUGUCAACUCCUCUGCUGCCAUCCAGUCCAUGGAUGAUGAAGACGUGUUCCUCUGCGGGAAGUGUAAGAAGCAGUUCAACUCGCUGCCUGCCUUCAUGACCCACAAGAGAGAGCAGUGCCAGGGCAAUGCCCCUUCCCUCUCCACCGUCUCGCUGGCCACCAACAGCGUGUACACCCCGUCCAUCACGUCGGUGCAGCAGGCUCCGGGCGCCAGCCGGCAGCAAAUUUCUACGUACAUCACCGUUCCCCCAUCCCCUUUGAUCCAGACGCUGGUGCAGGGGAACAUCUUGGUCAGCGAUGAGGUGCUCAUGUCGGCCAUGUCUGCGUUCACAUCCUUGGACCAGCCCAUGCCGGCGGUGCAGCCCCCGGCGCAGAGCAGCCUGAGUAUGCACACCGGGGCUGGCUACCUGUCCCAGCCGCCUCCCCCGCCACCGCCACCACCACCUCCACCUCCUCAGCCUCCACCUCCUCCCCCCCCGAGCCUGGGGGCUCCGGGGCCGCCCGGCGCCGGCGGCAGCGGCGUGGUGGAGGUGUACAGUGCCCCGGCUCCUAUGGCACCAACCAGCGCGGUGGAGAUCCAGAGCCUGGGCAUGCAGCCCUACCCGCCCAUGGAGGUACCCAGCCAGUGUGUGGACAGUCCUGUGUACCCCUCUCCUCCUGUGUACAGCCCUGGGAAGCAGGGGUUCAAGCCCAAGAGCACCAGCACUCCCAGCCCUCUGGCCAGCGCAGGAGGAGGCAGCGUGGUUGGCUUUGAUUCCACCUCCGCGGCCAAAAGCCAGCGCUGCAAAAGCGAGGUUGGGCUGCAGGAAGGCAAGCCCAAGUCCCCCAAGCUGAAAUGCACUUACUGUGACAAGGCCUUUACCAAGAACUUCGACCUGCAGCAGCACAUCAGGAGCCACACAGGUGAGAAGCCCUUCCAGUGCAUCGUGUGUGGCCGAGCCUUUGCCCAGAAGUCCAACGUGAAGAAGCACAUGCAAACCCACAAAGUGUGGCCUCCAGGCCUGGGCUGCACCAUCUCCCGCAACUCCAUCACGGUGCAGGUCAUGGCCUUGAAUCCCAACCAGCCAGAGGACGAGGAGAACACAGGUCUGACUCAGCCCUCGAGGAACCCUCCACCACCACCCCAAGACAUGAGCCCCCUGGACGAGAGCGAGGGGGGCAAACUGGAGGCCAAGCAGGUUGUGUUGAUCGACAGCUCUUACCAGUGCCAGUUCUGCCCCAACAAAUUCAACACCUAUUUCCAGCUCAAAUCACACAUGACACAGCACAAGAAUGAGCAGGUGUACAAAUGUGUGGUGAAGACCUGUGCUCAGACCUUCCAGAAGCUGGAGUCCUUCCUUGAGCACAUCAAGAGCCACCAGGAGGAGCUGAGUUACCGCUGCCACCUCUGCAGCAAGGACUUCCCCUCCCUGUACGAGCUGGGUGUGCACCAGUACUCCCACAGCCUCCUGCCCCAGCACAGCCCCAAGAAGGACGUGGCCGUGUACAAAUGUGUCAAGUGUGUAAAUAAGUACUCGACCCCGGAGGCGCUGGAGCACCAUCUGCAGACAGCGACGCACAACUUCCCCUGCCCUCACUGCCAGAAGGUGUUCCCCUGCGAGAGGUACCUGCGGCGCCACAUCCCCACGCACGGCGGUGGCAGCAAGUUCAAGUGCCAGAUCUGUAAGAAGUUCUUCCGCCGGGAGCACUACCUCAAGCUGCACGCUCACAUCCACUCGGGUGAAAAGCCCUUCAAGUGCUCAGUGUGUGAUGCAGCUUUCAACCGGAAAGACAAGCUCAAGCGACACAUGCUGAUCCAUGAGCCUUUCAAGAAAUACAAAUGUCCCUUCUCAAGCCACACGGGCUGCAAUAAGGAGUUCAACAGGCCUGACAAGCUGAAGGCUCACAUACUGUCCCAUUCGGGGAUGAAGAUCCACAAGUGCCAGUACUGUAACAAGUCCUUCAGCCGCCGAGCCCACAUGAUGGAGCAUCAGCGCUCGCACACCGGCAACUACAAAUACCGCUGCCCUACCUGCAGCAAGGGCUUCACGCGCCACAAGUACAUGAAGGACCACAAGUGCCGCCUGGGCUCGCCCAAGGACAAGGACCUGCAGCUCAGGAAGCCCCAGAAGAAGCGGGUGGCCCGGGGGUGCAAGGCAGGCCUGUCCCUCCCCACCCCGCUGGGGCUGGCAGAGCUGAAGGAGGGGGCUGCUGGCGAAAGCCUCCCUGAGGGUGGCCCGAACAAAGAACCCUUCCAGGAGUCAGACGCUGUCCUGUCCAUUGUGGUUGGGGGGUCAGGAGCUGCUGACUCAGACCUCGUUGUUCCUGGGCAGCCCAACAGCAUCACAUCCAAUUUGGCCCUAGCAGAACUGCAGGCUGCCUCGGACGGCCCCUGCACCAUGCUGGCUGUCCCCGUGUACAUCCAGACAACAGAGUGACGGUGCACAGAGCCACUGUGUGGCUGAGGGCUGCUGCUGAGGCUGUCACACUUGGUGCUGAAAUUUAUCCCAGUCAAAAAGACCAAAGCUCUUGUGGGGAGGUAGAUGGGCCCGGGAGAGAAGAGCUUUCCUCUCCGCUUGUUCUUCCCAUCCUUGGGUAGAGGGCUGCUUGGAAGCCACCGAUGGCUACAAGGCACUGAAGAGAAUGGCUCCAUUAUUUCUUGUCCAUCUGCGUCAGCUUAGGGCGAGAAAGACCAAGAUCCCUGAAUCAGGGUAAGAAGGAGCAUGCAAACGUGCACCAAACAAACAGAGCUGCUGAAAGGGGGUGGCUUUGCAAAUCACAGCCUGUCCCAUCUGUGGUUUUUCUGGCCUAACAGUUUUAUUGCCCAGUAUUUGGGUGGCCUUUCCAAGAGCAAACUAUUGAUCCUUCCUAAUGGAAGCAAGUUCAUCUUGAGAUCCUUUGGGAACACUGUUCAGAAAUACCCUGACAGACUUAUCUCUGGUAUCUUUCUCCUCUCUGUCUCUAUCAGUAGAGAGAUGACCUUGUCUGUACAUGUGUUAUAAACACCAUGGACCUCA